AUGGGUGUGCUCGAUAUGGCUAAACGUUUGGAUAUGGGAGUUUUCAGGGAGCAGAAGCCCCGCAUUUUUGGCUUUAGGCCUCCCAUUGACGGAAAGAAUCACGGCGCGGUGAUGUCUGGAAGUGGUCUUCCCGAGAUCCACCUGGAGCCUCACGACACCGAAAGUCAAACCUCGGCUACCAUGGCUCAACUUCUCUGGUCCAUGGAUAUCCGCCAUUAA